GAGCGGCCAUUGCUCGAGGGUUAGAGAUCGUUACGCCACCCGCGUUAGGCCUCUCCCCCUCCCACCCCCCCCACAGUUGAUCUCUCUCACCAAGGUGGCCGUCUUAACUUUGGUGACAUUAUCGAAGCCGCAGGAAAAAAAUAUUAUUUUUUUUCCCUUAAGGAGACGAACGGAGGAGAAGCGUCGCGGAUUGCGAGAGGGAGGAGGGAGGAAGGGGGGGGGAGAGAAGACCUCGGGUGCGAAGACUUUUUUUCUGGCGACACUUACGGACGUCUUUUCGUAGUCGCUUUAACACAAAAUCGUGUCGGUUUCGGCUCCCCACCCCCCUCUCCUCCUCCUGAUCCUUCCCCGUCCCCCUUCCAACUGCAAGGCACGCCGAGGGGAAAAAGGCGGACAAGACUUGGGAGGGGGGUGUGUGUGUGUGUGAGCGCGUGUGUGUGCGAGAGAAAAUCGCGGAUUAAUUCCGACCAAAAGUGACUCUUCGCAGGGAGAGGGAGGGAAGGAGUGAAGAGAAGAAGUGAAGGGAUAGGGGGGUGGGUGGGGAAAUAAUCGACGGAAGUGUUCGGCCACCGAGAGCAACGUUCGACGCGACAGCUGACCGGCAACGUAAACGAGCGAUAACAAAUUUUUUAAAAAAAAAUUCGCGUUCAAUCUUUGCCUGUUUUAGGGAGGCGACGAGGGGAGGAAGGGGGGAAGAUAGGAAAUCGAGGCCUACGCCAUUUUCCCUGAUGCUCUCCCCCGUCUCACCUGGCCCCGGAGCUCCUUAGGUGCAUCCGCCCAGAGUCGAGACGCCGGCCGCCCUCACAGGUGCCUGUGGCUGCCCCCAGGGCUCCCCAUGCGUAGGUAGGGCGGGGUGGGGAAAAUGAGCAUCAGCAGCGAUGAAGUGAAUUUCCUGGUCUACCGCUACCUGCAGGAGUCAGGCUUCUCCCACUCGGCGUUCACGUUCGGCAUCGAGAGCCACAUCAGCCAGUCGACGAUCAACGGUGCGCUGGUGCCGCCCGCCGCCCUCAUCUCCAUCAUCCAGAAGGGGCUGCAGUACGUGGAGGCGGAGAUCUCCAUCAACGAGGAUGGCACGGUGUUUGAGGGGCGGCCCAUCGACUCUUUGUCUCUCAUCGACGCGGUGAUGCCAGACGUGGUGUCCACGCGACAGCAAGCCUACCGUGAGAAGAUAGCGCAACAGCAGCAGCAACAACAGCAGCAGCAGCAACAACAGCAGCAGCAGCAACAGCAGCAGCAGCAACAACAGCAACAACAACAGCAGCAGCAACAACAGCAGCAGCAGCAGCAGACAGUAGUGGGGGUGGGUGCCCUUCCAGGACAAAUGGUGAAUGCGGCCAAGAACGGAGAGCCCGUGGAGAAUGGGGGGCACAGCCUGUCAAACAGCCACGCGGACGCCAUGGAGGUGGACGCCACCGACGGGGACAUCGAGAUCCCCCCCAGCAAGGCGACGGUGCUGCGUGGACACGAGAGCGAGGUGUUCAUCUGCGCCUGGAACCCCGUGUGCGACCUGCUCGCCUCUGGGUCCGGAGAUUCGACGGCGCGCAUAUGGGACCUACGGGAAGGUGGAGGUGGCGGUGGUGGCGGUGGUGGCGGUGGCGGUGGUGGCGGUGCCAAUCAGCUGGUGCUGCGCCACUGCAUCCGAGAGGGCGGCCAAGAUGUGCCCAGCAACAAGGACGUGACGUCACUCGACUGGAACAGUGAGGGGUCACUCCUGGCGACGGGCUCCUAUGAUGGAUUUGCUAGGAUAUGGACCAAAGACGGGAACCUUGCCAGCACGCUGGGGCAGCACAAGGGCCCCAUCUUCGCGCUGAAGUGGAACAAGCGGGGAAACUACAUCCUGAGUGCCGGCGUCGACAAGACGACCAUCAUUUGGGACGCUCACACGGGAGAGGCCAAACAGCAGUUCCCCUUCCACUCUGCCCCAGCGCUGGACGUGGACUGGCAGAGCAACACCAGCUUUGCCUCGUGCAGCACGGACAUGUGCAUCCACAUCUGCCGCCUGGGCGCCGACCGGCCAAUCAAGACCUUCCAGGGUCACACGAACGAGGUGAACGCCAUCAAGUGGGACCCCUCGGGGUCGUUGCUCGCAUCCUGCUCCGAUGACAUGACGCUCAAGAUUUGGAGCAUGAAGCAGGAUGCAUGCGUGCACGACCUGCAGGCGCACAGCAAGGAGAUCUACACCAUCCGCUGGAGCCCCACGGGGCCAGGGACCAGCAACCCCAACGCCAACCUCAUGCUAGCCAGCGCGUCGUUUGACUCGACGGUGCGGCUGUGGGACGUGGACCGGGGAAUCGGCAUCCACACCCUCACCAAGCACCAGGAGCCCGUGUACAGCGUCGCCUUCAGCCCCGACGGGAAGUACCUGGCCAGCGGCUCCUUCGACAAGUGUGUCCACAUAUGGAACACGCAGACGGGCUGCCUGGUGCACAGCUACCGGGGCACGGGGGGCAUCUUCGAGGUUUGCUGGAACUCGUCGGGCGACAAAGUCGGGGCAAGCGCCAGCGACGGAUCGGUGUGCGUGCUGGAUCUUAGGAAGUAGCUGUUGCGGAGACCGACGGAGGGAGGGCGGGCGGGGGGGGGGGGGGGCGGGGGGCGACCGACGGUGAAUGU